AUGAAAGACAAUAUCCAUAAACUUCCUAUUCAUUCCUCUAGCGGACAAAGCCUUCAUGGCUCUGCCAGGAGCCCUCGACUCGUUUUUAAACAGGAAAUUUUGUUUUGGCUGGAUCAAGGGGGUUUUCUGAAGAUGAGUGUCCAUGAUCAAGUGUCUCCCAUGUCUUCUCCAGCAGUUGCUCUCUUCUUUUCCCUUUUUCUUCUCUUAUUAUCUGCAGCUGAUGCUUUUAACAUCACUGAAAUCCUCAGCCCGUAUCCGGAUUUCACCACAUUCAACAACUAUUUGAUUCAAACCGGAGUUGCCGGUGAAAUCAACAGCAAGCAAACCAUCACUGUCCUUGUUGUUGCCAAUGGUAACAUGUCUGUAAUUUCAGGCCAAUCGACAGAUGUAAUUAAGAAGGUCUUGAGCGUGCAUGUGAUACUCGAUUAUUUUGAUGAAGCAAAGCUCGAAAAUUUACAUUCUAGAACAUUAACCGUCACCACACUUUACCAGCAAAGUGGGAGAGCCCAAAACCAACAAGGUUUCUUGAAUGUAAGUCAUGUGGGCAAUGGUCCGGUGGCUUUUGGAUCUGCCGCUCCUGGUUCUAACCUCGAUUCCAUCUUGGUUAAAACCAUUUCUACUCAACCGUAUAACAUUUCAGUGUUGCAAAUCAGCAAUAUUAUAAACGUAGCCUCAAAUUCAACUACCCCAUCUUCCCCUCCUGCGCAAACACCCGCAGUUUCCCCACGACCUCCUCCUGCUGCUUCCCCUCCAAGGAAGGCCCUAGCACCAGCACCCACUCAAAAGGAGUCUCCAGCCGCAUCUCCACCUAAUCCAACCGAUGAUACUGCACCAUCUGUUGAUACUACUGCCGAUGGUCCAGGUUCUGAUAAUCAAAGUUCUGCUGUAUCUGUAACUUGUGAGAAUUAUCUUGCCUCCGUCCUUAUGGUUUUCACUUCGGCUUGGUUCCUGCUUACCAUGAUUUGAAGAUAGGACAAGAAGGAAAGUUUUGGGUUCUUUUCAUAUUUGAAGUUUUGGUUUGUACUCAUCUACUACGACGAUGAGAUGUUCCAAAUUUUCAAAAUGCUGAUAUCUUCAGGCUUUUGGUUCCAACUUUUGAGUUACAACUUCACAAAUGGCUUAUUUAGAAUGA